AUGGCGAAGAAACGGUCAUCUGCCUCAUCUAAAGGCAAACCCAGUGGAAGUUUUAAGCAGAAAAAGGGCAUCAAAGGAGGUAAAUCGAAUGCGCAGAAUUUCAACAGAAAGAAAGCAAAGAGCAAGAAGAGUGAAGAAUUUGAUGAGGUUAGUGUAUUGAUUACUGAUUGGAAUAUAAGCCGUGUAGGAAAAUAUAACAUGUUGCAAGAUCGAAGACACAGAAGGCUCUCUUCUGUCAUUUUCAGAAUAAACAUGUCCGUUAGAGUUUUCAAGAAAGCUUUAUGGAAUUUUAAACUCGUUAAUCACGAUCAAAGGAAGGCCUAGAGUGUAUUUAGUUUUUCGUUAUCGUAGAGGACUUACUUUUCCCUUAACAUGAAAGCAGGGAUAUCAAAGUAACGAUCAAUAAAUUAUUUGCUAUGAUUUAUCCGUAUUAGGUAGCUUUUUGAUUCGGGGUGCUGGUAGUAAACCUAAAUCCUUAUGCAAAACCACUUGCCUGAUUCCCUGAGAUGGUCCGGGGUACCCAUCCCUACCCAAAUGAAUUCCAUGAGAUGGGAAGCAAGGAGUUGGGGGGCAAGUAUGUGGCCUUGAGCAUUCUGGGCCAUCUGAAAACAGGCUAAGUAACCUAUAUCCCAGUUUGCUUUAUGGAAGUCCAAAUGUCAAUCCUCUCACCACACACAUUAAGAGCCAAAUGGUAAGCCCUUUUGCCAGUUCAAAUGAUCUUUUUUAACAUGCCUGGUACCAUUUGGAAUAAUAUACACUGUUCUUUAGUGAAGAACAUUGGUGAAGUUGUUUAUCAUAAUCCCUCACAAGCCCUUGUGAAUGGGAGGAAAAUCAUGUUACUGUUUCUACUUGUUACAGUGUAAAAUGGGAAAAAUCUCUACAUGUAAGAUCUUUAGAGUUUUGCAUUUUUAUAAUCAUCUGAAUUCUUCAUUCACCUAAGUAUUGUUUAUAGACUGUACAAUCAAGCCAACUACAGGAGUGCAAAGAAUUUUGCCCUGAUAUUAUUCAGUCACUUUCUUUUAUUCCCCUUAAAGGAAGAUACCUAUGUUAAACAGAUGGUUAAAGCUGGUGGCAAUGGCGUGCAUAUUAUAGAGGGCUUACUGUAAUUUUAUCAUGGUGAUUUUCUGAUCAAAAGUUGCCUUUGUUCCUACAACAUUAGGUAGAAACUGGUGGACUAUAUAACCAUGAAGAAGAUGAAAGUUUUAGGCAAGAUGAUGAUGCUGCUGAUGAUGCAGGGCUUGAUACAAGGGGACUUGUUUCUGAGCACAAUAAGAAAAAGAAGAAGUCAGGAGGCUUUCAGUCUAUGGGUAAAGUAAACUUGUGUUCUUUUAUUAAAAGUUGUCACAUCUUCAUGUACAUGUACUGCGGCCUUAACAUUUUCAAUACAGCUUAACUGGUCAAAUUUGAUUUCAGGUUAAUAUUCUUUGAAUUUAUUCUGCUUUUGCUCAAUGAGAGUUCACUAUUUUUGUCUGAGAUGAGCUAGAAAAUAUAAGAGAAUUAUAGUAUCAUGUAACUGUUUGCUUUCCAGGUUUGAGUUUUCCAGUGUUCAAAGGAAUUAUGAAGAAAGGUUACAGACUUCCUACACCAAUACAAAGAAAGGUUAACAUAGAUUUAUUUCCAUUUGCAAGUAUUAAUUAAAAUGGUAAAAACAUGAUAUAUUGAUAUUGAUAUAUUGAUAUUAACAAUGGAUCAUUGUUUCUGUUUUGCAUAAAAGCACUAGGCAAAUUUCCCAGUAUGCUAGUAUACAGUGUAGAGCUGUGUAACAAGACACUUGCUUAAAUAUAAUGCAUGCAAAUACUGAUUUGUGUUCUUUUUACAUAGACAAUACCUGUCAUUAUGGAUGGUAAAGAUGUGGUUGCUAUGGCCCGCACAGGUAUAGUAUAAUAUAUUAUUAUUUUUAUGAUAAUCUGUUGAGGAGUGCCAAAGUCAGUUCUCAGGAUGUCAUUCUGAAGCUUUCUCUGUGUGGACGUUCAUCUGUUAACAACACGGUACGCAGAACACUACUUUCCUGCGAGCAACUACUUUCCUUGUUAGAUUUAAAAAUAGUAAUAAAUACACACCCUAAUGUAUGUAUGUAAGCUUUGAUUGAUGAUUUUUUCAGCUGCUAACAGUUGUUUUUUUUUUCUUGUUAAUGUCCCUUAGGUUCUGGUAAAACUGCAGCUUUUUUGAUACCAAUGUUUGAAAGGCUCAAAGCACAUUCAGCAAAGGUAGAGAGAUCUGCACCAUGAACAAUCUUCUGUUGAUGAUCAUAUUAUCACAAGAUCCUGUUGUCAUAGUAAAAAGCUUCCAAUUUCAUAAAUCUGUUAUAGAUAUGAUUUUUGAGGCGAAGCUUUCUAUUUACAAUAUGGAUGCAGGUCCCAGAACCCCAGGAAAUCUGAAAAACUCAAGGUCUUUUUUUAUUUUUUUAUGAAAAAGUAGAUAUGGUAUUUUCAGUGUUGCUUCUACCGUAGGUUCAAUCUGCAAGGUAUUCCAUGUAUUGUUUAAACCUCUUGAAUUUUAUUCUCACGGUGCAAUUGGCACUACAAUCUGAUUGUGGCAUCAUUUUAAAAUUUCUGAUGAGUGUCAGAAUGUCAUGAAGGUUUGUUUUGGUUUUGUGAAAAAGGCGUAUGAACCCUGUAUGUACCUUUACUUGAAACCCUUUUUCUAUCAGGAAUGUAGUUAAGGAAAAGCUACAUCCCAUUCCAUUAAGCUUUUUGCUUAAUCCCUGCUCUAUAAUGAAUGUGACUGAUAAAAUAAAAAUACACUGUAUCACGCCCUAUAUGUAGGUUGGUGCUCGUGGUUUGAUCCUGUCCCCUACUCGUGAGUUAGCAAUUCAGACACUGAAAUUUACCAAAGAGGUAAUCACUGAGACACAUUUUGUUAUAUAUUUUUAAAAGUUCAAUUUAGUUAUUUCAGGGUGAUUAAAAUAUUCAUGAGCAUUGAAUGAUUGGGCAUGUUGAUCUCACUAAAUGUAUGUCCUGUCUUGUGUGAAUCAAGCCAAGCAAUAAUCUUUUGAUAAUAAUUUAAGGCUAUCACUAAGAUUUCAAGUUGCUAGGUACAUGCAAUGGGGAAUUGAACGUCUUAAAAGUUCAUUUGGUUAUUUUUUCUUUUGUUUUCCAUGAAAAUAACUGGACACCUUGUUAUUACAGACAGUUUGCUUUGUCCCUGGGGCAAGAAAACUCUUACAUUUCUCUAAAUUCAAACCGCUUAAUACGGACACACCUUUAAUACAGACUCUUUCUACAGCCCUCUAAAUGUCCCUAUUAACGAGGUUUGACUGUGUUCAGUAAUCAAUCUACUGGCAACUCCUGCUACUGGUAAUUUCCAUAAGAUAACUUCAUCAUAAUUUUAUUCCCAAAUUAACAGCUUGGCAGGUUCACUGGAUUGAAGGCAGCUGUAGUGUUGGGUGGAGACAGGUAUGAUUUCAGGUUUUAAUACAAGCAGGUGGAACGACAGUUUUUUAAGCCCUUAAUGAAAAGUAUUUGGGUUCAAUUAAUUCUGUCCUUAGAGAUGGUUGAACUGGUGUUUGAAAAUAAAAACCAUGGGGGAUUCAUUUUCAGCUACAUUUUGUAGCUCAAAGGGUUUGGGGUAGGUAAAUAAGAAAAUUUUAGAUACUUGUUCUGUGUUCUGCUCUGUGCUUACUCUAAUGUACACAUAAAAUUCAUCAGAAAAAAAAGAAACAAAAGAGAAACAUUAGUGGAUAGGCUUCUUAUUGACUGCAUGACCCAUAGGCUUGCUCACAAGUUAAAUGUGAGCGGAGAAGUGGAAUGAACACAUGAAGACUGAGGCCGAGAUGUGAGGAAGAAUUCAAAAAGCAAAACAACUAUGGCCACCUCUCAUUGUUUCCCAAUAGUGGUGACUUUUUGCGGGAGAGACUCGCACAAUGUCCUUAGCUGUGGGAAGCAAUGGGAGGCAGUUGUAUUCGUACAAUGUAGGUUAAACUUUAGGUAAUAUGAUUUGACUCUAAAUUUCGUACCUUUCACAAAUCACCCUUUCGUGAUUGUUACUUUCAGGAUGGAGGACCAGUUUGCAGCUUUACAUGGAAAUCCUGACAUGUGAGUCCCUUAGAACAGAAACCAUAAUAAUAGGCUAUCAAGGCGGAAGACAGUCACUUGAGUUUCACAUCACUGAGUGAUCAACAGAGUCCUGUUUCAUUGGAAGUACAAGAGAUGAAAUUUAAAGAGGAUGGUCAGAGCAAACAUCUUACAUAGCCUGUGAACAGGCUCUCUGUUCUUUUUGGAAAAAAAAAAAAAGACCAAAGGCCUGUUCACAGGCUACAUUUACAUAGCUCUGAUUGGCUGUGUAAAAUGCAUUAUUUUUCAUGAAAUCAUUAUUUUAGAAUUUAAUCCAGGUUUCUUGUUAAAAAAGAUAAAAUUAAUUUAAUAGCAAUAUUCAGAUUUAGAGGUUCGCUGACCAACACAAAGUAAUUUGAAUGUCAAAUUAUCAUUGGAUUCCCUAUUGACCCUGUCCCUUUAAAAAUCAGUAUUCCGAGUAUAUUUACCAUAUUGAUUGUUUUAUUGGUAGUAUUGUGGCCACUCCAGGGCGGUUUCUGCACGUUAUGAUGGAAAUGGACUUGAAACUAACAUCAGUGGAAUAUGUGGUGUUUGAUGAAGCCGACAGGUAUGAAUUCAGUGAAAAGAAUCAUUGACGGCACAGUGUUGAGAAAUUGCCAUUAAUAAUUAAAUGUUGUGUGGAAAAAUAUAUAGAGGAUAUUACACGGUGGCGCGAAGAUGUGAAUUUUAUUUUCGAGUGUCAAAACUAUGUUUAAUCUUUUUAUUAUAUAGACAAAAUGACAUCGAGAAAAUAAUAGAGGGAAAUUACCAAAAUUACGUCAUCGAUAAACUCACGUGUGAGAUUAUGGAAAAUAAACCACUCAGGUCCCGGAUGUAGUUUUUAUGAAUUUUAUGAGUGUUAUAUUUUCCAGUAAAACACUCAUGUCUUUAUAAUAAAACAUUGUAUUUGCAUAACCAGUAGCUGUUGUCGAGUACCAAAGGGUUUUUAUAUAUUUCAAUAAUCAAAUUGUUUUUUGUUACUCUUAGACUCUUCGAGAUGGGAUUUGCUCAGCAACUUCAUGAGAUCAUUCAUCGUCUUCCAGAUUCUAGGUAAGGUACCGAAUGAUAGAGAAAUGGCUUCUAUGUGAUUUCAUUUAUUGAUGAGAAUUCAGGCAAGAUUAGGAAUAUCUCACAUUUUGUUGUCUGUGCCUUUUCAAGAUACAGUGUGUAUUACGGAAAAGAUGCUAUUUUGUUCCCAUGCAGGCUGUUGCAUAAGGGGUUCAAUUGUUAAUAUUCAAUGAUGGUUCAUUUAUUCCCAGGCAAACUCUUCUGUUUUCUGCAACCCUUCCAAAGUUGUUAGUGGAGUUUACCAAAGCAGGUAUCUACGUUAUGUACAUGUAAACUUCUUUACUUUAUUAGUGAACUUAUAUUUUUGCACGGAUGCGAGAUUAAACCCAUUGGACCAACACCAGGUGUCAGUCCUAGAGAGAUGCCCGUCUUAUAGAGGUGUCCGUUAAGACAGAAUUGACUGUAAUUAUUUUUGCUCAGCAGUAACAUAUGUACUGUUCUAUUUGAUCAUUAGGUCUUACUGAUCCUGUUCUUAUACGAUUGGAUGUAGACUCAAAGCUAUCCGAACAGCUUAAGGUAUGAACAUCGGUAAUAAACUCUGAAAAUCGUUACAAGUUUUCGAAAUACCCUCGGGUCCACUUCGGAAAUCUUCGAAACUUCGGACGUUAACUUUAAAGUCUUCCAAAUACUUCUGCUCAUAGAAGGCGUUGUGUUUGCUCUUCUCUAUCGUGCUACUGUCGUCCAUUAAGAAUCAAUAUUAAAUCUUAUUUUCUCAAUCUUACAUUUUUUUUCUCUCUUUCAAAGUUGGCGUUCUUUUCACUGAGAUCAGAUGAUAAACCUGGUAAGAAACUGUACUAUUCAUCCUAAAUUUAUAGUUCUCUUUAGAACAGGAAAUUUGCUUCAAUUUGUUUAAAGCGAACUGAUUGUCUCGAAGCUACAAAAUAAGCGAAACGAUUUCAGUUAAGCUCAGUUUCCAUUGUUAUAACUGAAAACAAAUUAUACGUGAUCGUAAUAAGUUACUUCAACGAAAUAAAUCUUUGUUACCGGGUAACGCAUGAACCCGAUCUUCAUUUUUUGAAGGUUUAUAUUUUAAGUCUAUUAACCCUGCAUGACUUUCUUUUAGCUGUUUUGCUGCAUAUUCUUCAAAACCUGAUCAAACCGUCGGAACAGACGCUCAUAUUCACAGCUACAAAGCAUCAUGUAGAAUACUUGAAGGAGGUAUUGUAUAAAGUUUGUUAGUUUUGGUUUUGUUGUAAUAGUUCAUGUCGCUGUCGUUUUCUGGGCAAAAAUAAUUUUAUCCUGUUUUAUUUUACCGUGUAUCGUAUUAUAGCUUCGGAUAUGGCACAAGAACUUGGUUUAAUCCUAAAGUACUGUUAAAAAUUAAUGAAAAAAAAAUAGUGAAAUUACCUUGUGUACAUUUUAGUGGUAGCAAUUCCACUUCUAGGCGGGCUGGCAACAAGAUUUCAAAGUGCCGGGCACAUGCAUUCAGCAUCUGCGGGGAGUUAAACAGCUAAGAAGUUUUUUUAUGGUUCCAUUGAUCUAGAUCGAUGAAUCGUUAGAUCGCUAGAUCGAUGGAUCGUUAGAUCGUUAGAUCGAUGGAUCGUUAGAUCGCUAGAUCGAUGGAUCGUUGGAUCGUUAGAUCGUUGGAUCGUUAGAUCGAUGGAUCGUUAGAUCGUUAGAUCGUUAGAUGGCUAGAUCGUUAGAUCCCUAGAUCGAUGGAUCGUUAGAUCGUUAGAUCGCUAGAUCGAUGGAUCGUUAGAUCGAUGGAUCGUUAGAUCAUUAGAUCGCAAGAUCGUUAGAUCGCUAGAUCGAUGGAUCGUUAUAGAUCGUCAGAUCGCUAGAUCGAUAGAUCGUUAGAUCGUUAGAUCGCUAGAUCGUUAGAUCGCUAGAUCGAUGGAUCGCUAGAUCGUUAGAUCGCUAGAUCGAUGGAUCGGAUCAUUAGAUCGCUAGAUCGUUAGAUCGCUAGAUCGUUAGAUCGCUAGAUCGUUAGAUCGCUAGAUCGAUAGAUCGCUAGAUCGUUAGAUCGCUAGAUCGAUGGAUCGAUAGAUUGAUGGAUCGUUAGAUCAUUAGAUCGCAAGAUCGUUAGAUCGAUGGAUCGUUAUAGAUCGUUAGAUCGCUAGAUCGUUAGAUCAUUAGAUCGCUAGAUCGUUAGAUCGCUAGGUCGAUGGAUCGUUAGAUCGUUAGAUCGCUAGAUCGAUAGAUCGUUAGAUCGUUAUAUCGCUAGAUCGUUAGGUCGCUAGAUCGAUGGAUCGUUAGAUCGUUAGAUCGCUAGAUCGAUCGAUCGUUAGAUCGUUAGACAGGGGCACCCAACCGCAAUUUUCGGGAAAAUAUCUGUUCGGAAGACGAUUUGAGAUCUAGAAUUUUCGGAGCAUUUGUUGUAAAAUUUCUUGCUUGCCUACCUCUCCUAGGAUUUUCGAACAUCUACAAAAUGGUAUAAUUACCCAUUUUUAAGGGAUUUUGACCCUAAAAAAGGCCACCUAGAAUUUUCGGGAGCCUUUUCCUGGCUGAAGUUUUCGGGAAGGUAAGUUUUUAUCCCUAUAAUUUUCGGAUCACUAGACUUUCAGCUAGGAAAUCCGAACAGAUGAAAAGUUUUUAGGGGAUAAAAAUACGCCUAUAUCUACUGUUUCAAUACUAAACUACGUUCAACAAUGCUAUGUUAAGUGGUUUUGAACUAUAUCCUCGUUGGGUGCCCCUGGUUAGAUCGUUAGAUCGCUAGAUCGCUAGAUCGCUAGAUCGCUAGAGCCCUAGUACCAUAGAUCGUUAGAUCGCUAGAUCGAUGAACCUUUAGAUCGUUAGAUCGCUAGAUCAUUAGAUCCCUAGGUCGAUGAAUCGUUUGAUCGUUAGAUUGCUAGAUCGAUCGAUCGUUAGAUCGAUGGAUCGUAAGAUCGCUAGAUCGAUGGAUCGUUAGAUCGUUUGAUCGCUAGAUCGUUAGAUCGCUAGAUCAAUGGAUCGUUAGAUCGUUAGAUCGCUAGAUCGUUAGAUCGAUGGGUCGUUAGAUCGCUAGAUCGCUUGAUCGAUGGAUCGUUAGAUCGCUAGGUCCAUGGAUCGUUAGAUCGCUAGAUCGAUGGAUUGAUAGACCGUUAGAUUGCUUGAUCGAUACAUCCCUAGAUCGAUAGAUCGUUAGAUCGAUGGAUCGUUAGAUCGUUAGAUCGCUAGAUCGUUAGAUCGCUAGAUCGAUGGAUCGUUAAAUCGCUAGAUCGAUGGAUCGUUAGAUCGUUAGAUCGUUAGAUCGUUAGAUCGCUAGAUCGUUAGAUCCCUAGGUCGAUGGAUCGUUCGAUCGUUAGAUUGCUAGAUCGAUCGAUCGUUAGAUCGAUGGAUCGUUAGAUCGCUAGAUCGAUGGAUCGUUAGAUCGUUUGAUCGCUAGAUCGUUAGAUCGCUAGAUCGAUGGAUCGUUAGAUCGUUAGAUCGCUUGAUCGAUGGAUCGUUAGAUCGCUAGGUCGAUGGAUCGUUAGAUCGUUAGAUCGUUAGAUUGCUAGAUCGAUGGAUUGAUAGACCGUUAGAUUGCUUGAUCGAUACAUCCCUAGAUCGAUAGAUCGUUAGAUCGAUGGAUCGUUAGAUCGUUAGAUCGCUAGAUCGUUAAAUCACUAGAUCGAUGGAUCGUUAAAUCGCUAGAUCGAUGGAUCGUUAGAUCGUUAGAUCGUUAGAUCGCUAGAUCGUUAGAUCCCUAGAUCGAUGGAUCGUUCGAUCGCUAGAUCGAUGGAUCGUUCGAUCGCAAGAUCGAUAGAUCGCUAGAUCGUUAGAUUGCUAGAUCGAUCGAUCGUUAGAUCGUUACAUCGAUGGAUCGUUAGAUCGCUAGAUCGAUGGAUCGUUAGAUCGUUUGAUCGCUAGAUCGUUAGAUCGCUAGAUCGAUGGAUCGUUAGAUCGAUGGGUCGUUAGAUCGCUAGAUCGCUUGAUCGAUGGAUCGUUAGAUCGCUAGGACGAUAGAUCAUUAGAUCGUUAGAUCGUUAGAUCGCUAGAUCGAUGGAUUGAUACACCGUUAGAUUGCUUGAUCGAUACAUCCCUAGAUCGAUAGAUCGUUAGAUCGAUGGAUCGUUAGAUCACUAGAUCGAUGGAUCGUUAGAUCGCUAGAUCGAUGGAUCGAUGGAUCGUUAGAUCGUUAGAUCGCUAGAUCGUUAGAUCGUUAGAUCCCUAGAUCGAUGGAUCGUUAGAUCGCUAGAUCGAUGGAUCGUUAGAUCGCAAGAUCGAUGGAUCGCUAGAUCGUUAGAUGGCUACAUCGAUGGAUCGUUAGAUCAUUAGAUCGCAAGAUCGUUAGAUCGUUAGAUCGCUAGAUCGCUAGAUCGCUAGAUCGAUGGAUCGUUAGAUCGCUCGAUCUUUAGAUCGUUAGAUCGCUAGAUCGCUAGAUCGCUAGAUCGCUAGAUCGCUAGAUCAAUGGAUCGUUAGCUCGCUAGAUCGAUGGAUCGUUAGAUUGAUGGAUCGUUAGAUCAUUAGAUCGCAAGCUCGUUAGAUCGAUGGAUCGGUAUAGAUCGUUAGAUUGCUAGAUCGUUAGAUCAUUAGAUCGCCAGAUCGUUAGAUCGCUAGGUCGAUGGAUCGUUAGAUCGUUAGAUCGCUAGAUCGAUGAAUCGUUAGAUCGUUAGAUCGCUAGAUCGAUGGAUCGUUAGAUCGCAAGAUCGUUACAUCGCUAGAUCGCUAGAUCGUUAGAUCGUUAGAUCGUUAGAUUGCUAGAUCCCUAGUACGAUGGAUCGUUAGAUCGCUAGAUCGAUGAAUCUUUAGAUCGUUAGAUCGCUAGAUCGUUAGAUCCCUAGGUCGAUGGAUCGUUCGAUCGUUAGAUUGCUAGAUCGAUCGAUCGUUAGAUCGCUAGAUCGAUGGAUCGUUAGAUCGCUAGAUCGAUGGAUCGUUAGAUCGUUUGAUCGUUACAUCGUUAGAUUGCUAGAUCGAUGGAUCGUUAGAUCGUUAGAUCGCUAGAUCGAUGGAUCGUUAGAUCGCUAGGUCGAUGGAUCGUUAGAUCGUUAGAUCGCUAGAUCGUUAGAUCGUUAGAUCGCUAGAUCGAUGGAUCGUUAGAUCGUUAGAUCGUUAGAUCGUUAGAUCGUUAGAUCGCUAGAUCGAUGGAUCGUUAGAUCGUUAGAUCGAUGGAUCGCUAGAUCGCUUGAUCUUUAGAUCGUUAGAUCGCUUGAUCGAUGGAUCGUUAGAUCAUUAGAUCGCUAGGUCGAUGGAUCGUUAGAUCGCUAGAUCGUUAGAUCGAUGGAUCGUUAGAUCGUUAGAUUGUUAGAUCGUUAGAUCGAUGGAUCGUUAGAUCGUUAGAUCGCUAGAUUGUUAUAUCGUUAGAUCCCUAGAUGGUUAGAUCGCUAGAUGGUUAGAUCGCUAGAUCGUUGGAUCGCUAGAUCGAUGGAUUGAUAGACCGUUAGAUCGCUUAAUCGAUCCAUCCCUAGAUCGAAAGAUCGUUAGAUCGAUGGAUCGUUAGAUCGUUAGAUCGCUAGAUCGUUAGAUCGCUAGAUCGAUGGAUCGCUAGAUCGAUGGAUCGUUAGAUCGCAAGAUCGUUAGAUCGCUAGAUCGAUGGAUCGUUAGAUCGCAAGAUCGUUAGAUCGCUAGAUCGAUUGAUCGUUAGAUCGCUAGAUCGCUAAAUCCCUAGUACGAUGGAUCGUUAGAUCGCUAGAUCGAUGACUCUUUAGAUCGUUAGAUCGGUAGAUCGUUAGAUCGUUAGAUCGCUAGAUCGAUGGAUCGUUAGAUCGUUAAAUCGCUAGAUCGUUAGAUCGUUAGAUCGCUAGAUCGUUAGAUCAAUGGAUCGUUAGAUCGUUUGAUCGCUAGAUCGUUACAUCGCUAGAUCGAUGAAUCGUUAGAUCGUUACAUCGUUAGAUCGUUAGAUCGCUAGAUCGAUGGAUCGUUAGAUCGGAAGAUCGUUAGAUCGCUAGAUCGAUGGAUCGCUAGAUCGCUAGAUCCCUAGUACGAUGGAUCGUUAGAUCGCUAGAUUGAUGACUCUUUAGAUCGUUAGAUCGCUAGAUCGUUAGAUGGCUAGAUCGAUGGAUCGUUAGAUCAUUAGAUCGCAAGAUCCUUAGAUCCCUAGAUCGUUAGAUCGUUAGAUCGCUAGAUCGUUAGAUCGCUAGAUCGAUAGAUGGCUAGAUCGUUAGAUCGCUAGAUCGCUAGAUCGAUGGAUCGUUAGAUUGAUGGAUCGUUAGAUCAUUAGAUCGCAAGAUCGUUAGAUCCCUAGAUCGAUGGAUCGUUAUAGAUCGUUAGAUCGCUAGAUUGUUAGAUCAUUAGAUCGCUAGAUCGUUAGAUCGCUAGGUCGAUGGAUCGUUAGAUCGUUAGAUCCCUAGAUCGAUGGAUCGUUAUAGAUCGUUAGAUCGCUAGAUUGUUAGAUCAUUAGAUCGCUAGAUCGUUAGAUCGCUAGGUCGAUGGAUCGUUAGAUCGGUAGAUCGCUAGAUCGAUGGAUCGUUAGAUCGCUAGAUCGUUAGAUUGUUAGAUCGCUAGAUCGUUAGGUCGCUAGAUCGAUUUAUCGCUAGAUCGUUAGAUCGCUAGAUCAAUGGAUCGUUAGAUCGCUAGAUCGAUGGAUCGUUAGAUUGAUGGAUCGUUAGAUCAUUAGAUCGCAAGAUCGUUAGAUCGAUGGAUCGUUAUAGAUCGUUAGAUCGCUAGAUCGUUAGGUCAUUAGGUCGCUAGAUCGUUAGAUCGCUACGUCGAUGGACCAUUAGAUCGUUAGAUCGCUAGAUGGUUAGAUCGCUAGAUCGAUGGAUCGUUAGAUCGUUAGAUCGCUACAUCGUUAUAUCGCUAGAUUGAUGGAUCGUUAGAUCGUUAGAUCGUUAUAUCGCUAGAUCGAUGGAUCGUUAGAUCGUUAGAUCGCUAGAUCCAUGGUUCGUUAGAUUGCUAGAUCGUUAUAUCGUUAGAUCCCUAGAUCGUUAGAUCGCUAGAUGGUUAGAUCGCUAGAUCGUUAGAUGGUUGGAUCGCUAUAUCGAUGGAUCGUUAGAUCGCUAGAUCGUUCGAUCGUUAGAUCGCUAGAUCGUUAGAUCAAUGGAUCGUUAGAUCGUUUGAUCGCUAGAUCGUUAGAUCGCUAGAUCGAUGAAUCGUUAGAUCGUUAGAUCGCUAGAUCGAUGGAUCGUUAGAUCGGAAGAUCGUUAGAUCGCUAGAUCGAUGGAUCGCUAGAUCGCUAGAUCCCUAGUACGAUGGAUCGUUAGAUCGGUAGAUUGAUGACUCUUUAGAUCGUUAGAUCGCUAGAUCGUUAGAUGGCUAGAUCGAUGGAUCGUUAGAUCAUUAGAUCGCAAGAUCCUUAGAUCCCUAGAUCGUUAGAUCGUUAGAUCGCUAGAUCGUUAGAUCGCUAGAUCGAUAGAUGGCUAGAUCGUUAGAUCGCUAGAUCGCUAGAUCGAUGGAUCGUUAGAUUGAUGGAUCGUUAGAUCAUUAGAUCGCAAGAUCGUUAGAUCCCUAGAUCGAUGGAUCGUUAUAGAUCGUUAGAUCGUUAGAUCGCUAGGUCGAUGGAUCGUUAGAUCGCUAGAUCGAUGGAUCGUUAGAUCGCUAGAUCGUUAGAUCGCUAGAUCGAUGGAUCGUUAGAUCGUUAGAUCGCUAGAUCGUUAGAUCGCUAGAUCGAUCGAUCGUUAGAUCGUUAGAUCGUUAGAUCGCUAGAUCCCUAGUACGAUGGAUCGUUAGAUCGCUAGAUCGAUGAAUUUUUAGAUCGCUAGAUCGUUAGAUCCCUUGGUCGAUGGAUCGUUCGAUCGUUAGAUUGCUAGAUCGAUGGAUGGUUAGAUCGCUAGAUCGAUGGAUCGUUAGAUCGCUAGAUCGAUGGAUCGUUAGAUCGUUAGAUCGUUAGAUCGUUUGAUCGCUAGAUCGUUAGAUCGGUAGAUCGAUUAAUCGUUUGAUAGUUAGAUCGCUACAUGGUUAGAUCGAUGGGUCGUUAGAUCGCUAGAUCGCUAGAUCGCUAGAUCGCUAGAUCGCUAGAUCGCUUGAUCGAUGGAGCGUUAGAUCGCUAUGUCGUUGGAUCGUUAGAUCGUUAGAUCGCUAGAUCGAUGGAUCCUUAGACCGUUAGAUCGAUGGAUCGUUUGAUCGGUAGAUCGCUUGAUCGAUGGAUCGUUAGAUUGUUAGAUUGCUUGAUCGAUGGAUCGUUAGAUCGUUAGAUUGCUAGAUCGUUAGACCGAUGGAUCGUUAGAUCGUUAGAUUGUUAGAUCGUUAUAUCGCUAGAUCGAUGGAUCGUUAGAUCGCUAGAUCCAUGGAUCGUUAGAUCGCUAGAUCGUUAUAUCGUUAGAUCCCUAGAUCGUUAGAUUGCUAGAUGGUUAGAUCGCUAGAUCGAUGGAUUGAGAGACCGUUAGAUCGCUUGAUCGUUACAUCCCUAGAUCGAUGGAUCGUUAGAUCGAUGGAUCGUUAGAUGGCUAGAUCGAUGGAUCGUUAGAUCGCUAGAUAAUUAGAUCGUUAGAUCGAUGGAUCGUUAGAUCAUUAGAUCGCUAGAUCGAUGCUUGGUUAGAUCGUUAGAUCGCUGGAUCGAUGGAUCGUUAGAUCGUUAAAUUGCUAGAUCGAUGGAUCGUUAGUUCGUUAGAUCGCUAGAUCGUUAGAUCGAUGGAUUGUUAGAUCACUAGAUCGCUUGAUCGAUGGAUUGUUAGAUCGCUAGAUCGUUAGAUCGAUCGAUCGCUAGAUCGAUGGAUCGUUAGAUCGUUAGAUCGCUAGAUCGAUGGAUCGUUAGAUCGUUAGAUCGCUAGAUCGAUGGAUCGCAAGAUCGUUAGAUCGCUAGAUCGCUAGAUCGUUAGAUCGCUAGAUCGAUGGAUCGUUAGAUCGCUAGAUCGUUAGAUUGUUAGAUCGCUAGAUCGUUAGAUCGCUAGAUCGAUUGAUCGCUAGAUCGUUAGAUCGCUAGAUCAAUGGAUCGUUAGAUCGCUAGAUCGAUGGAUCGUUAGAUUGAUGGAUCGUUAGAUCAUUAGAUCGCAAGAUCGUUAGAUCGAUGGAUCGUUAUAGAUCGUUAGAUCGCUAGAUCGUUAGGUCAUUAGGUCGCUAGAUCGUUAGAUCGCUACGUCGAUGGAUCAUUAGAUCGUUAGAUCGCUAGAUGGUUAGAUCGCUAGAUCGAUGGAGCGUUAGAUCGUUAGAUCGCUACAUCGUUAUAUCGCUAGAUCGAUGGAUCGUUAGAUCGUUAGAUCGUUAUAUCGCUUGAUCGAUGGAUCGUUAGAUCGUUAGAUCGCUAGAUCCAUGGAUCGUUAGAUUGCUAGAUCGUUAUAUCGUUAGAUCCCUAGAUCGUUAGAUCGCUAGAUGGUUAGAUCGCUAGAUCGCUAGAUCGUUAGAUCGUUAGAUCGCUAUAUAGAUGGAUUGUUAGAUCGUUGAUCGUUAGAUGGAUGGAUCGUUAGAUCGCGAGAUGGCUUGAUCGAUGGAUCGUUAGAUCACUAUGUCGAUGGAUAGUUAGAUUGUUAGAUCGUUAGAUCGUUUGAUCGUUUGAUCGCUAGAUGGAUGGAUCGUUAGAUGGUGAGAUCGCUAGAUCGAUGGAUCGUUAGAUUGUUAGAUCUUUAGAUCGCUAGAUCGAUGGAUCGUUAGAUCGCUAGAUCGCUUGAUCGAUGGAUUGUUAGAUCGUUAGAUCGCUUGCUCGAUGGAUCGUUAGAUCAUUAGAUCGCUAGGUCGAUGGAUCGUUAGAUCGUUAGAUCGCUAGAUCGUUAGAUCGAUGGAUCGUUAGAUCGUUAGAUCGCUAGAUCCAUGGAUCGUUAGAUCGCUAGAUCGUUAUAUCGUUAGAUCCCUAGAUCGUUAGAUCGCUAGAUGGUUAGAUCGCUAGAUCGUUAGAUCGUUAGAUCGCUAUAUCGAUGGAUCGCUAGAUCGUUAUAUCGCUAGAUCGAUGGAUCGUUAGAUCGUUAGAUCGCUAGAUCCAUGGAUCGUUAGAUCGCUAGAUCGUUAUUUCGCUAAAUCGAUGGAUCGUUAGAUCGUUAGAUCGUUAGAUCCAUGGAUCGCUAGAUCGUUAUAUCGUUAGGUCCCUAGAUGGUUAGAUCGCUAGAUCGAUGGAUUGAUAGACCGUUAGAUCGCUUGAUCGUUACAUCCCUAGAUCGAUGGAUCGUUAGAUCGAUGGAUCGUUAGAUCGCUAGAUCGAUGGAUCGUUAGAUCGGUAGUUAAUUAGAUCGUUUGAUCGCUAGAUCGAUGGAUCGUUAGAUCGCUAUAUUGAUUGAUGGUUAGAUCGUUAGAUCGCUAGGUCGAUGGAUCGUUAGAUUGUUAGAUCGAUGGAUUGAUGGAUCGUUAGAUCGCUUGAUCGAUGGAUGGUUGGAUCGUUAGAUCGUUAGAUCGUUAGAUCGUUAGAUCGCUAGAUCGUUAUAUCGCUAGAUCGAUGGAUCGUUAGUUCGUUAGAUCGCUAGAUCCAUGGAUCGUUAGAUCGCUAGAUCGUUAUGUCGGUAGAUUGAUGGAUCGUUAGAUCGUGAGAUCGCUAGAUCCAUGGAUCACUAGAUCGUUAUAUCGUUAGAUCCCUAGAUGGUUAGAUCGCUAGAUGGUUAGAUCGCUAGAUUGAUGGAUUGAUAGACCGUUAGAUCGCUUCAUCGGUACAUCCCUAGAUCGAUGGAUCGUUAGAUCGAUGGAUCGUUAGAUCGCUAGAUCGAUGGAUCGUUAGAUCGCUAAAUAAUUAGAUCGUUAGAUCGCUAGAUCGAUGGAUCGUUAGAUCGCUAGAUUGAUUGAUGGUUAGAUCGUUAGAUCGCUAGGUCGAUGGAUCAUUAGAUCGUUAGAUCGCUAGAUCGAUGGAUCGUUAGAUCGCUAGAUCGAUGGAUGGUUAGAUCGUUAGAUCGCUAGAUGGUUAGAUCGCUAGAUCGCUAGAUCGAUGGAUCUUUAGAUUGUUAGAUCGUUAGAUCGCUAAAUCGUUAGAUCGCUAGAUCGAUGGAUCGUUAGAUCGUUAGAUCGCUAGAUCGAUGGAUCUUUCGGAGAAAAUCCCCACUCCCUUGCCUCUAGUGACCACCUACUUUCCCUUCUUAACUUUUAAACCCUCUGAUUCAUUAGGGACGGCACUGAAAAGCUUUGUAACGUGAAGUGUUGUUGUUUUAGUAUAGGUAUGUGAUGCAUGCACUUGUCUUUCCCCGCUACGACCGUAGCUUUGCAGCUAUUUGCGGGGCAAGCUGUUUAACUGCUAGUACAUGCAGGAAUGAAAUUGUUGUUGUUGUAAAGCAAUUUAGCUAUGAUUUGUUGAUCCAUUUAACACUACGUAAAACAUAUUAUAUAUGCAAAUUAAGAAAAUAUUCCACACUGCCAUCUUUAGUCUUUUUAUGUAUUGACUGUUAUUUUACUGGUAAUACUAACAGCAUUGUGUGUUUUGCCUGAAAAUCUUUAUUUCAGCUGCUCGACGCUGCUGGAAUAGAAAGCUCGUAUGUUUACAGCACACUCGAUCAAGCAGGUCAGUAUCUUUUCUGGGUAAAAUAUGUUCUUAGGUUAAAUCAGUCUAACCUAGUUAAUUACCUUUAUACACGAGUGCUAAUUUCUUAUCGAAGACGAAACAAAACCUGGUUUCAACGAACGGAUUUAACCAAAAACAUGUCCAGUUGGUGUUUUGUAAGCGGCUUUGUCUUAAUUAGCCUGCGAGCAGGCUCUCCGUUAUUGGGCAAGAGAACCGAGCCGAGAGGGUACGCGCUAGCGUUUCCUGUUUUGCUCGCUCGCUCCUCCAACUGGAGAACGUUCUCGCAGGCGAUAUCUUGAGUGGUGAAUUACUCGACUUCAGCCUGGCUGUUUUUCAGUAGUUGUAGAGAAACGGAUCAGUACAGAAUAUUUACACCUGGGGGAUUUGCGGUGGAGUGCAUUUAACUUGUAUCCUCGUAGAUGAGAAAAUUAACUGUUUCUAGUUAUCACGGUAGAUGAUGAUAGCGUCCAUUCAGGAAGCGCUCGAAGUGAACUUAAACGACGGUAAAACGGGCUACAAAAACGUGCAUCUCGUUUCGAAACAUUGCUACAAAACGAGUUGAAAAGCGACGUUACGCGUUGUACAACCCACGUUUAAACCUUUUUCGUACCAAAUCAUGCAGCAGGGGCACCCAACGAGAAUAUAGUUCAAAACCACAUAAACAUAGCAUUGUUGAACGUACUUUAGUAUUUAAACGUUAGAUAAAGGCUUAUUUUUAUCCCCUAAAAAUUUUUCAUCUGUUCGGAUUUCCUAGCUGAAAGUAUAGUGAUCCGAAAAUUAUAGGGAUCAAAAUAUACCUUUUCGAAAAUUUCAGCCAGAAAAAAGGCUCCCGAAAAUUCUAGGUGACCUUUUUAGGGUAAAAAUCCGUUAAAAAUGGGCAAUUAUACGAUUGUUUUGAAGUUCGAAAAUCCUAGGAGAGGCAGGCAAGCAAGAAAUUUUUCAGAAAAUGAUCCGAAAAUUCUAGACCUCAAAUCGUCUUCCGAACAGAUAAUUUUCCGAAAAUUGUCGUUGGGUGCCCCUGAUGCAGGUAGCUGCAAGAAGCAAAUAACUUGCGAAUGCCACUUUAACAAACGCUUGUUUACUUUUGCAGCAAGGAAGAUUAACAUUGGCAAGUUUCAACAUAAGAAAACAAACGUUAUGGUGGUUACAGACGUGGCUGUAAGUAAAAGAGUAUUGUUUAGUUGGUAAAACGUCGAAGAAACGCUCCAGAUUGUCUUAAAAAGUACUCUGCAUUAUAGAGAGUUUUUACGUCCUGCAAAAUGAAACAGUUUCCCUUAAUUUCAUAUACAUGUAGUGCCCUAAAAUUACACAUUUCCACGAUGUAAUUGUUGGAGCCAAAGGAUGGUUGUUCACUCGCAUAAUUUCUCAGAAUUUGUUAUUCUUUAAAUAAAAGGGAGAAGAUUCAUUGGUAGUGAACUGUUAAGUUAACAUUAGUUUAAGAGGAUGCUUAUUUAGUAAAAAGGCUCAAUACCGGAUUGCUUAAUUGUCUACCAAUGUUGAGGUUUAUUUUUGUCUUUGUUUUUGUCUUUUUUUUAAAAUUUCCUUUUAUAUCGUGCGCAUGGUAAGGUAUGACAUUGGUUUACAAGAAAAGAAAAAAAGAUUGAACCGAGGAUAAAAUUUAACCACGUUAUAUGCGACACUCUUUCUUUCCGGGCCCCCAACGGGUCGAAUUCACUAACUCCCUUUUACCAUACUGCCGCUUUCAUUGCAAAACGCUGACGUGCAUGCGCAUGCAUUUGUCAUCAGGCCCGUGGAAUUGAUAUCCCAAUGUUGGACAACGUGAUAAACUACAAUUUUCCAGCCAAACCCAAACUUUUUAUCCACCGGGUUGGUAAGUAACCUUUGUUUUCUUUAUAUCUCUUUAUUCUAUUCUUUGAAACGAACUACCACUUGAAAGACAACUUUCGUUGCUUGCUUAUUCUUGGUUGUAGUAUAGCGUAUUGUUAUAUCUCUUGGUGCUCGGCCCAAACAGCCAAAAUAAACCUAAUGGUUUUUUCAUUCAUGGUGUACUGCGUAGUGGAGUCGAAAUUAACCGUUUGCUGAAAACGUCUGAUGGAGGCGAAAACGUUACUCACCGACGAUUGUUGUUCGAGCGAGUUCGAUAACCGAACUUUUGAUCGGACAAGUUAGCUCUAAAACAGAAAAUGGAGUUGUUCUAAGGGAAUAGAACACUGCUGAAAUGUGAAAAGUUUGAUUACCGGUUUUAAUUUUUUACUAUUAUUGUCGUUGAAUUCUUUUUAAAGUUACCUUAUACAGUAAAAGGCCGAUAGUAGAGAAACCGACGCUAGAGACCGAAAUAAAACACGAAAGUUCUAGAGUUUGCCCCUUCCCUUAUCGUCUUCACAGCCUUAAUGAUGACAAAACUGUUUUCAUUUGUUCAAGGUCGAGUAGCAAGAGCUGGACGGAGUGGAACAGCAUAUUCUCUUGUUGGUAGCGAUGAGGUAAAAUUCUUACGAUUCCUCUUAGAUUUACAUUAAUCACCAAUUUUUGCUUUUUGAUUAAUCACCAACUUUUUUUUGCGGUUUCGGUUUUGAUCUUUGGCGACGAUUCUAUUGUUGGGCGCGCUAAGUAAUAGACUUUUCAGGGCAGCGGACAAAACCGCCGGUUUCAGGGUCAAGUGUUUAUAGUGACUCUUGCGAAAAUUCUGUACCCGUCGUCAAUAUCGUCGACGAUGUCAACAUAUUCCAAAAACAAACUACGAUGUCCAAAACAAGGAGCUCUGGCAUUAACGACAGCGAUGGGAGCAAAAAAAUUGUGGAAUACAGCAACCUUAACUUAUUGCGCUGGUUUAUAGUACUUAGGCAGCGUUCACACGUAAGGUCCGGGGUGCUCGUGUACAGUACUCACUAGGAACUAAUGUGAACACACUUUUUUCUAGUACAGUACCCAACCUAGAAUUAAGGCACAGUGUCGGUACUCGGGCACAAAAGUGGACAAUGGGUGCCUGUGUUUAAUCAUUUUUGUUAGUUCUGGGGCAGUCCACUACUUUGUACUCGCUGACAAACUCAUGUUUCCAAAUGGCGUCUGACAUGGAGACGCUAUGUACACAGUAGUAGGAGUAGCUAUACUGGUACCCUGCACUGGUUCCGGGCCAACAAUUGUGGGCAGCCCGUUAGUCGUUCUGUUGCUCACACAACAGCCUUUCACUUUUCAGCGACUUGAAAAGUCUUUUAGGAAGCCACGUGACACAAGCGUGCGUGAAAUUCAUUGUGGAAGGUAUCCUGCCAAUUUCCUUCCACUCUUCUUUAUCGCCAUCAUAAUAUUCCACAAUCCCAUUCGAAUAGGUUCCACCGAACACGAAGAUCUUUUUCUUGGCUUUGCCCACUGCCGCGUUGGAUCGUGGCACGUUUAGCUCUGCCUGGAGUGGACUCCACAUGUCCGUCACGGGAUCGUAAAGUUCGCAGUUCGAGAGCGGAAGAAAAUAGUUCCCCGUUCCACCCACGACCAAGAUUUUGUUCCCCACGACAGCUGCACUGGCAAAGCAUCGCUGUUCGUCCAUCUGUGCGACGGCCUCCCAUUGAUCCCUCUCAGGGUCGUAUUUUUCAACGCUGUUGAGCCCCAGGUUUUGAAGCCCAUCAUGGCCGCCAAUCGCGUAAAUAUAUCCGUUUAAGGCCACAGCGCAAAGCCCUCUUCUGACAGAGGCCAUUGCGGCUAAAUCUUCCCAAGAACUGUCCACAGGUUUGAAACACGACACGCCAUGUUCCUUGAGCACAUAAAUACAACCCUCGAUCGACACAGCCGCCAUUGGUCGAUUACCGACAUCCGACAGUCUUUCCGACCACAGGUUCUUUCGCGGGUCAAAUUUCUCGAUCGUGAUGCGAUCGUCCUCCCAGCCGAUUGCAUAGAUAAAGCCUUCGCAGAUUGUCAAUGCUCGUAUCUCGUUAUAACUCGGUAAUCUAGCCAAGUCGAUCCAUGCUUCUGUCGCAGGAACAUAACAUGAAGCACACCCGUUCUUGCUGACUAACACAAUGCUUUCCGUAACACCUCGCGGCUCAUCACGCUCUUCAUCUGCGACACUAAGCACCUUUGUGACCAAACUGUGACAUUCGUGACUGCGUGACACAAACUCGUCACGGCUGAUGACGUCCAAAAUGAAAUUAAUUGACAUGGCCGGUAAACGAACGAAGCGGAAAAGUUCAUCGAAAUAACUCUCUCUGUUUUCAAAGUCGUGCUUCACCCACGCUUUUAUUCCUUCGAAGACUUCUUCCUCUCCUUUUUGUGUUUUAAUAGCAAGUUUUUCGCCCGAAAAAAGUUCCUUUACUUCCGCAAAAUCUAAAGAAACAAACUCUUCUGUAUGCCAAAGGGCGCUGAGAUUGUUGCAUAUGUAAUCAGUGGCUGCUUCAAAAAGAAGUUCGUGACGGUAGCGAUCGGCUAACGUUUGGGUCGAUAAACAGUUGGAUGGUUUAAGGCUAAUAAUUAAAAACUCUGCACACAGUUCUUUGAGGUUGGGGAUGUCAAAAUAAUCAGCCACUACCAUCAAUUCUUCGGCGUUUGUUUCAGUGAUUCCAACUUCCCCGGUGUAAAGAAAAUUCAAAAGCUGUUCGAUGCUGUCAGGAUCAAAUUCCGGCAGAUUGACCUCCAACUCCUUGCUUGCUUUUUCUUCAGUCAGGUCACUCGUAAAGGAAGCUUUAAAGAACGGGCUACUCGCCGCGAGAACAACUUUGUGAGCUGGAAGACGGCGGUUUUCAACAACGAGAAACACGUCGCAAAAAGCUUGCGACUUUCGAAACGAGUGCAUCGUAUGAAGCAGAGUUUGUCUCUGGCUGGAUUUCCACGAGCUUUUUUCAGAUUCCAUAGUUGUGUUGAGCUACAAAAUCUUACCGCACUUAUCACCCUUUUUCUCGCUACUCUUGAGAUGUAAACGGAACUUGGCGAAAAUAAGGCAAUAAACAAAACAGGAAAAUCAGUAAAGCGUGUCAGCGGUCAUAACAGUCGACACGUAAACAAGAUUGGUUUGUGUUGGUUCGUGUCAAUGCUUUCACGCGGUCUGGACUUAACAUUCCAAAUAUUCCGACUGUUUGGAGGCAAAAUUGAAGGCUUUUCGAGAAAAUUUGAAAGAAUCUUCAUUAUUUUUAUUAUUCCUCUUUUUCUCUAACACCUGCUCCAUGUGCUUAAAAUCUAAAAUGUAUGCAAAUCGGCCUAUGCAUGAAGAAUUCAGCGUAACGAAAGAUGUCUACGGUGCAGUGUUUAAAUAUUUUUUGUCCUUUUUCCAAGUAAAAAUUGUCCAUAGCAGCUUUCUAACUGAUUUCUGCAUUAUAAUUAAAUUUCUUCUUUACUGAUCAUAAAAAUUUACAAUCACCCUGAUUUUGUAAUCAUAACUCGGCCCGCCCAUCGUAAUCCCAUUGCGCCAUAAAAUCUAGUCUUCAAUGUACAUCACUGAGGUGUGAGAUAAAAUUGAUAGGCUUUUAAAUGACAUAGCUAUUUUUCACAAUUUCUACACAACCUCGGCGGCGAAUCCAGGAUUUUUCUUAGAAGGGGCCGUACUACUAAGGAAUGGCGAAACUGACUGGUGACGUAAACAAAUUUUAAAAGCACAUACGAAGAAGAAGGCUUUUGACGAGGCAAUGACAUAAUGUAAACUGCUGAGAAUACAUAUCGUACAUAUCUGCAUAUUUUGCAGAAUACCAGUUGUAUUAGAAAGCUGCAGGUCAUCUCAGGGGAGGGGGGUUCGCACCCCCUUGCACCCUCCCUGCAGAUCCGUCCCUGAACCUUAAAAUUGAUUAUUUGAUGUUAUUUUAGCGUAAUUUGGAGAAAGCGGUAGAGAAUUCUCCAAAGCUCCGAAAUGAAGCCUGGCAGAACCCUAAGAGUAAAGAGAGAUCAGCAUCAAAUUUCUCUAGCUUUGUAAUAUCAAUGUUUUUUUUAAAACAGAAUGACGUGAGAAUUAAAGUUAUGAUCACUCAAGAUGAAUUUGUUACAUAUUUUAACAAGUCCUCCCCAAUGCUUCUAUAGUAAAUAUAUAGGAGCAAAAAAAUUACAAUUUUUAUUUUGGCGCAAGGUUUAAAGGGUUAAUCUAUCUUGAAGUCUGGCUAUUUGAAUACUUUGCCACGCUUUAUUUAAAAAGUUUGUUGAGUCACACAGUCUUAUCUUUUACAACACUUUUUCCUGAUUACUGAGAAGUAUCUUCUGGGCUGAUUUUCUCUUGUAUUAUUAGUAACUUACCAGGUCGAGAAAAACUCGGCCCAGGUCUAUUCUUUCGUGUAAAUUUCUAUCCUUUAAUCAUUUUCUUGGUCACAAAGCAGCGUAUUACUUUUCAGCGACUUGAAAAGUCCUGUAGGAAGCCACGUGACACAAGCGUGCGUGAAAUUCAUUGUGGAAGGUAUCCUGCCAAUUUCCUUCCACUCUUCUUUAUCACCAUCAUAAUAUUCCACAAUCCCAUUCGAAUAGGUUCCAUCGAACACGAAGAUCUUUUUCUUUGCUUUGCCAACUGCCGCGUUGGAUCGUGGCACGUUUAGCUCUGCCUGGAGUAGACUCCACAUGUCCGUCACGGGAUCGUAAAGUUCGCAGUUCGAGAGGGGAAGAAAAUAGUUCCCCGUUCCACCCACGACCAAGAUUUUGUUCCCCACGACAGCUGCACUCGCAAAGCAUCGCUGUUCAUCCAUCGAGGCGACGGCCUCCCAUUGAUCCCUCUCAGGGUCGUAUUUUUCUACGCUGUUGAGGCCCAGGGGUUUAAGGCGUUCAUGGUCCCCAAUCGCGUAAACGUGUCCGUUUAAAGCCACAGCGCAUAGCCCCCUCCUGACCGAGGUCAUCCCAGCUACAUCUUCCCACCAGUGGUCCACAGCAUUGAAGCGGGACACGAUCUGUUCUUGGAGGACAUAAAUACUGUCCCCAAUCGACACGGUCGCCAUUGGACGGUUUCUUCUAUCCCAUAAAAUUUGCGACCAGAGAUUAUUUUGUGGGUCGAAUUUCUCUAUUGUGUAACGAUCAUCCUCCCAGCCAAUCGCGUAAACAAAACCCUUGCAAGUUGUUACUGCUCGAACCUUGUUAUAACUUGGUAAUCUAGCCAGGUCGAUCCAUGCUUCGGUCGCGGGAAUGUAACUCGAUGCACACCCGUUUUCGCUGACUAGCACAAUGCUUUCCGUGACACCAAGUACCGCCGCGAUCAAACUUUGACAGUCACAACUACGUGUCACAAGCUCGUCAUGAUUGAUCAGAUCCAAAAGAAACUUAUUGGACAUAGCCGACAAACGUACACAUUGGAGCAGUUCAGCGACGUAACUCUCCCUGUUUUUUAGAUCAUGCUUCACCCAAGUUUUUAAUCCCUCAAAAAUUUCUUCCUCUCCUUCUUGUGUUUUAAUAGCCAGUCUUUGGCCCGAAAAGAGUUUCUUUACUUCCGCAAUGUCCAAGGAUUUAAACUCCACUUCUUGCCAAAUAGAGUUUAGGUUGCUGCUUAUGAAAUUUGUAGCUGUUUUGAAAAGAGGUUCGUGAUGGUAGCGGUCGGCUAACAUUUGGGUUGACAAACAGUUCGCUGGUUUAAGUCGUUUUCGUAAAAACUGUGCACAAAGUUCUUUGAGGUUGGCGAUGUCGUAGAAAUCGGCUAAGGCCAGCAUUUCUCCCACAUUUUUGUCGGUCAUUUCAAUUUCCCCGGUAUAAACAAAAUUCAAAAGUUCUUCAAUUCUAUCGAGACUAGGAUCAAACUCCCGUAGUUUAACUUCCAACUCGUGUCUUUCCUGUUCUUGAGUCAAGUCACUCGUAAAUCGAGUUUUGAAGUAAGGGCUGCUCGCGGCGAGGACAACUGUGUGAGCUGCCAGACGGCGGUCCUCGACCAGAAGAACUACGUCGCAAAAUGUUCUCGUUUUUCUAAACGAGUUCAUCGUAUGCAGUAUGGUUUGUCUCUGUCUAGAAAACCACCUGCUUACGCUUGGGCUUUUUUCAGGUUCCAUAGUCGUGUCGAGCUACAAUUUCUUAACUUAUUUGUAACUCUCGUUUCUCUCUCUCUUGUUGCGAAAUUAUGACCUAUAUAUAAGUUGACCUUUUUCCUGAGAGGUUUGACUUUUCUCAUGUUACUGUUUGUUGUUUUGAUAGCUGGCUCACGUGGUCGAUCUUCAUCUCUUCCUCGGUCGACCGCUAAAGGAGGCCCAAAAGGACUCGCAGGCUCAAGAUGACGGUCUUAUAGGCACGGUUCCUCAGCAGUUUGUGGAUGACGAGCAGAACUUCCUGAAAGCAGCGCAUGAUAAGUCACAUGACCUUGUAAGUGAUAGAGAUAGGAUAUUUCCGAGUUCUUCCAAGCCUCUGUUCCAAAGCGAGGCGCAAAGCAAAGCCAUUGAUGUGAAAACGGUUUUUAAUUCUCAUGGGAUUAAAAUUCAUUUUCACAAGCAAGAAUUUGCACUCAGCCUUGAUUUUGGAAACUGUUCCGUGCCAAUUACUACAGGCUAGCAAUCCACUCGACUCUUUGUACGAUUUUGUAAACUCUUUGUGGGGAAAAAGGUUUGUCCCUAAAAGUUUAUAGAGAAUUUCAGGGAACGUAAAAUUUGCAUUGACCGUUAACAAAAAGAGAAAUUCGUUGACGACUCAAAAAUGGAGCUGUCAAGCUAACAAUUUGCUUUGUAUUGUGUCCAGGUCUCUCUCCGCCAAGUAGCAGCUAAUGGCUACAAACAGUACAUGAAGUCCAGACCCUGUGCAUCUUCAGAAUCCGUCAAGAGAUCCAAACAGAUAGACACCACCACUCUGCCCAUUCAUCCGCUAUUCAGUAAGUGUUAAAAAGGAAGUCGCUGGAUGUUCAUUUAUUUCUGUUUAACGGGGUAUUUUCCGUUUUGGUUAGCUCAUAGGUCAGGAAGAAAAACUUCUCGCGCCUUCGUCGCUCAAAAAGGUGUGAGCGAAUCCAUUUGGCCUGUUUUUUGUUUGGGGAUGCCCUCCACAAAAAUGACGUCAUCAUCAUCAUCAUCAUCAUCAUUAUCAUCGUCACGCACGCAAUGAAAACCAAAAAAAUUGGUUCGACGUUGCCAUGGCAUUAAAUUUUAUAUUUGUUCUGAUGUUUUUAGAAUCUGAUAAUGUAAGUUCCAGCGAGGCGUCUGCCACAAGAGUUGACAUCAUGGAUGGAGUAAGAAACUUCCGGCCGAGGCAGGUAAGAACAGUUGAAAGGGGCUUUUGUUUUUAGUCCAAAGGAUCGCUUGCAGAUCUCUUGCAGAUCUCUUGCAGAUUAAGGCAAACAGUGCUAGAAGUACGUAGAAGUCAUUGUUUUCGACUGCUUCUAUACACUUUAAAAGUAUUUACGCCAUAUUUUCGUGUAAACGACACUUAACAGCAUGUUAAUGCAGAUUUCUAAAGAUCUCCAAAGACUGUUGAUAAUUUUACUAACACCGUGGGAUUUUAAGAGACGUGUGGUUGUCGUGAUGGGCUUAAUCAAUAUGAUAAACAGCUGUAAAGUUAACUUGCUUGUUUGUUGGUUUUCGUUUUGCAGACGAUUUUCGAAAUAGGAUCAACGUCAAAAUCAACGGCGCAAUCAGUCAUGAUGUCAAAACGGUUUGUAAAUCAUCUAAGAAAUAAUUUUUGUUGUUGGGUUUUGAAUUUCCGCGAUCUUGUUAUUUCUGCUAAUUAAAACAAGUGACAUUUGCGCGCGAAUUAAUCUGACCAUUGGUACAAAUGCUGGAAGUUAAUUUUGACUGCAGUUUUCCCAUAUUUUUUCAUACGAAUUUCGAUGGAAGAGUAGUAAUGUAAUUGUGAUUAUUAUGAAUAGUCUUACUGUUAUAAGGUAACACUAGUACACUUCUCGCUGCUUGGGGACAGUCUUUGAAAUGUUGUUACUUUCGUUGGGUCAUUUGCAUUUAUUGUUUUAAAGGAAACGCCACAGUGAAGUCAUUGAAAAAGCACAGAGGCUCAAAAAAGACGACUCCUUGACUAUCCAGGGGAGGGGUGGUAGCAAUAAGCGUGGAGAAAAAGGCAGUGACGCGACUAGUGAUGAAAUAAUGGUGAGUUGUUACUACUAUCUCGACCAUCAGUAUUGUUGCAGUGCUUGUGAAUUUCUUCGACCUUUCACUACAGACCCGUGGAAACGUAUUUGCCCUGCGGUUAAUACCUGCAACACAGGUCUGUAGGACCGGGUUCAAGCCUCGCUAUUCCAUUUCAUUCGACAAGAGCCCUGCUUCACUACCUUUCUUUUCACUGAGGUAUAUAAGUGGGUAUCCUGUGACACACUGUUGAGAGUGUAGUCCUGUGAUAGACUCUCAUCUCAUUGAGGGAGGGGGAGGGGUAGCAAUACGCUACCGAGUGCUUCAUAUAACAGAAACCGUGUGAAGCUCUGGCUAUGCGGGCCUUAUUGACUUAUGCACUGGCGCCUUAAGACCCUUGGAAACCAACAUUGGGGAGGGAGUAAUAAGUGUGCGUAUCCAAAGACUUAGGGUAUCUUAUGUUUUACAAAUUGUUUUAACUAAUUAUAUCCUCUAUUGAAGCGCUAACUUUUCGCCGAAUAGUGGGGAGAGUUAAACUCAAGUAUUGAGGUUUACCGGAAAAUGGUUACUUUCCUUUUUCAGGGCGUUUUUGCUACUGUAAUUGAUCCCACAGAGAAAAAGAAACGAAAGAAGGCCAAAUCAGACUCUGAAGGUGCGUUUAUCAUCACUGUUUACAUCAGCAAGCAAGGUUCAACUUAGAUCGUGUCCAGUCGAGGUUUUAACUAUCAGAAGAGUUAACGAUAUAAUUUACCCUGGCUUAGACGUUUACUUGUUGGAUGUGACUUUGGCGAGGGCUUUAUUUCUUAGUCUUAAGAAAUGCUCUUUGUGAACUCAUAUGGUUUUUUUUUCUGUCGAUUGAACAGAUUGAUCGCGAAUUCGUGAGACAGCAUCUGGAUUUUACUCCCUGUUUCAAAGUCAAGAUGGCUGCCUCACGACUACUCGGAUUUAGUCAAACUUAAUGAUCAAUCUCUAAAGUCUCGCCGAAGAGCGAUCUACGCUUUACGCUUUUCUUUCUGUGUUUUGUCUUGCCAGGUCAUUCCACGAAAAGCUUCAGAGACGAGAACUAUAUUCCCCACACCGCCUCUGAUUUUUAUGGCGAGAAAGGACUAGGGUAAGUGUGAUGAGCUAGUAUUUGUUGUUGGUGUUGUUGUUUGUCUACCUGCUUUUCCAAUUUACCUUGAUCUUUUGCAACAAACCCUAUCACAGGGAAGUCCACCCAAAAUAAGACCUUUCGAUUGAAGGUAUACUUUUAAUUAUAAAUUUAAAGAUUUCGUCCACAGAAAAACAUUAGGGGAAAGCACUGUUCAGUUAACAUUUGUCUUUAUGAUUCCAUCUUCUGGAUCAAACCCUCGCGUACUGUGGUUAUGGUUUCUUUUAGGCUUGGUUUAAACUCGUUUGAGAAGGAUGUGUCUGGUGCUGUCAUGGACAUAGAGGCAGACGAGGAAGAAGGAAUACGGACAGCGAAAGCAAUCAAGAAAUGGUAGUGAAAAAGCUUAUGUCGAUGGAGUCAGCUAAUUUGUUUUUCUGUUGUAUUACGCCAUUACCAUCUGACGAAGAUGAAGUUUGAGAAAUCAUGACCUUUUCUAUUUACAAGAGUGAUCAAAAUAGUCAAAUAUAGAGAAACAAAUUGCAGCAUAUAACAGUACUACCUGCGUGGUCAUACCACAGGAUUUUUUCUACUACCCAAAAGAUAAGGCUAUGUACUUAGUAAUUAGCACCAUGUGAAAGUACUGCUGAAACUGAAAAAGUUUCAUUUGAAAGGUCACACCAUAGGAUUUCGUUUGUAGACUUAGAAGCUCAAAGACGAGAAGUAGGGAUUCUUUUGUUAUCCAGAUACCCACUCAAUGAUUCAAGCGACCUAACGUGUUUUUUUUUGUUCGUUUGUUUGUUUCGGUUUUCAGGGAUCGAAAGAGGAAAAACUUUGUUGGUGAAGAUGGCAACACGAAGAAAAUAAGAACAGAGAGUGGAGUACGUAUUCCUGCUACCUACAAGAAGAACAUGUAUCCUCUUCAAACUUCACAUAUGCUUAUCAUUUUUUAUCAUUUUUUAUUUCUUAUCAGUCUAGUUAUUUCUCCUUAAACCAUUCUGCCUCUUUCUCGGAGGGCCUCUCUUUGUCGUUGGUUGUCGUCGUUCAGUUCUGCGAAAGUUUUUCGUACAUGUGUCUGCUUCAACUUUCAAGGGUUAGCUUUUUUCUCGAGUUGCAAUCCCGGUACUCAAGUUUGAAUACUGAUUUAACCUUAGAACAAAUUUUACGGACAAAAUUAACGCGUGCUUCCGUAGUAACAAUAGUUAGAGGUUGCCGGAUUGGAUAGCAAACAAAGGGCGAGUUAUUUAAACGUUUUUUGAAAAGUUUAGCCCGUGUUUAACAGAACCACGUUCUAAGCCAUUUUUAGUUUGCCCAACGCUUUUAUCUAAACACCAUUAAUCGUGAACAAUUUUAAUAAAGCGUAUAGCGUAGACAGGAAAAGCACUUACGUCAGGCAGCUGGCAAUGAAACUUAUCCCUCAAUCUUUCAUAGGUAAUUCGUUUUCUUCUUUGUCUGAACGCAUCUUAAGUCGGUGAGUAUAUGGUUAGGUGCUUGUUUUUCGAUUUUCCUUCACUAUCGCAACACAGCUAUCAGGAAUGGCUACGGAGAAACAGAAUGGAUGUUCCCGGAUCUGACGACCGAGAGGAGAAUGGAACGAAACUAGGACACAACAAAGGAAAGAAAGGUGUCAAAAAUAUGACUUUCUAACGACAUUACUGUUAAAAAAGUGGAAAACUGGGCCUGGUUAACUUUCGCAAAGACUUCUGGGACUGUCACUGGGGACAAAGAAAAAAAAAAUGGCCAAUAGCUGACCGGCGCGUCCCCAUCAACGAUCCCAGAAUGCACUCUCAUUUGGGCCUACAAGUACACGGGGGUGGAGGAGCUGGGAGUCUUCCUGUACCGUGCAUUCCCGGCUCCCGCCUCUUUUCCUUAGCCUACUCUCUUUAGCCCGUUUUCAACUGCUAAAUAUUAAGGAUUGUUGCGUAAUUUCCCCUUAUAUUUCCCCUUCCCACCCGCCUCCAGUACCACCCACCCCCUUUCCUCCCCCACUACACUUUGGCGGAACAUUCAACUGAAAACGUGGAGGGUCCGUCUGCGAAUGCGUGGUCACAUAUGGGCGUUUAUAUAAUGAGCUCCUAACUUUACUUAGUAUUUUUUUGCCGGGGGAGGGGUGGGGGCGUUCAGCAAUUUUCACAUGCAAACAAUCAUUUUGCAUGCAGCUCCUGCUGCAAAUAAUUUUUUGUGUGUCUCCGUCUUCCUGCAAACACUUUUAUUUACUUGUAUACAAUUUAUUUCAGUGUUUACAGCCCUGCAAACAAUUUAUUUUACAAUUUUCCAACCGCCCCCCCACCCCCUCUCCUUCAAAAAAUAAUGGUCCGCCCCUUAAAAUUAAACCAUGUAGAUAUUCUGUACGAGCUGUUUUUUUGCUCUCGUCUUUUGCUUCAACAGGAAAAAGCUUUGGCAAAAAAGGUAAAACCGCACGCGGAAGCGAAUUGAAAUCCAAGGAACAGAUCUUAAAGGCACGGCAUAGAAAGGAAAAAAUGAUGCAACGACAAAACAAGGGUCGACCAAGAGGAAAAGGCAACAAGGGAAAAUUUGGCAGAAAAAAGUGA